AUGCCCGCCGCGCUGCCCAGCCUGCUGGCCUGGCUGGCCGUGCUGCUGCUUGGCAGGGCCCGCCCGGCCGACGCCUGCAGCUGCUCGCCCAUCCACCCGCAACAGGCCUUCUGCAACGCGGACGUAGUGAUCCGAGCAAAGGCUGUCUCUGCGAAAGAGGUGGAUUCAGGGAACGACAUAUACGGGAACCCCAUCAAACGAAUCCAGUAUGAAAUCAAGCAGAUCAAGAUGUUUAAAGGCCCUGACCAGGACAUAGAGUUCAUCUACACGGCUCCAUCCACCGCCGUGUGUGGCCGGCUGCUGGACACCGGCGGGAAGAAGGAGUAUCUCAUUGCAGGCAAGUCAGAGGGCAAUGGGAAGAUGCAUAUUACACUCUGUGACUUGGUCUCUACCUGGGACUCACUGAGUCCAACCCAGAAGAAGAGCCUAAAUCAGCGGUACCAGAUGGGCUGCGAGUGCAAGAUCUCGCGCUGCCUCUCCAUCCCCUGCUUCGUCUCCUCCUCGGACGAGUGUCUCUGGACGGACUGGGCGAUGGAGAAGAACAACGUGGACGGGCGGCAGGCGAAGCACUACGCCUGCAUCAAGAGGAGCGACGGCUCGUGCGCCUGGUACCGCGGCAUGGCCCCCCCCAAGCAAGAGUUUCUCGACAUCGAGGACCCCUAAGCCAAACGAGCGCAUUCCAGU